AUGUCUUCACCCAGUGCAGGCAAAAGGCGAAUCGACACAGACAUUAUUAAACUUAUAGAAAGUAAAUUGGAGGUAACGUUCCUGUCAGGUCUGAAUGAAUUUUGUGUUAAAUUUAAUGGGCCGAAAGGAACACCGUACGAAGGUGGAAUAUGGAAUGUACGUGUUCACUUACCUGAACAGUAUCCUUUUAAGUCGCCUUCAAUCGGUUUCAUGAAUAAAAUUUAUCAUCCAAAUGUAGAUGAAUCGUCCGGGACAGUCUGUCUGGAUGUAAUUAAUCAGGCAUGGACAGCUCUUUAUGACUUGUCAAAUAUAUUCGAGUCAUUUUUGCCCCAGUUGCUCGCGUAUCCCAACCCAACAGAUCCUUUGAAUUCGGAUGCAGCUGCCUUGUAUUUACACAAACCAGAUGAUUAUAAGAAGAAAGUGCAAGAAUAUGUUCAGAAAUAUGCUGCAAAACAUGUAUUUAAAGAUCAGGACAGUAAUGAUGAUUCUUCCGAUUCUGAAUCAUCCAUGACUGACAACACAGAGGACGAACUGAGAGAUAUGGACUUAUGA